AUGGGGGGGGGGUCCCACUCGACCUUAGUGGUUUGGGGCCACUGGGCGAGACUCGGGGACAAUAGGGUUUGGGAAAAGCCCAGGUCCCUAGUCCGGGGUGGGUGCAUCCGCCCUGCCUUCUUAUGCGGGCGGAGGCCGAGUGGUAAACGGCUGUCCCAAACUCCCGGUGCGUGUCCCCGCGCGCCGUGUGUUCGUUUUGCAGAGCCAGCCUUUGGGGAGGUGAACCAGCUGGGAGGAGUAUUCGUGAACGGGAGGCCGCUGCCCAACGCCAUCCGGCUUCGUAUCGUGGAACUGGCCCAACUGGGCAUCAGACCGUGUGACAUCAGCCGCCAGCUACGGGUCUCGCACGGCUGCGUCAGCAAGAUUCUGGCGCGCUACAACGAGACAGGCUCGAUCUUGCCAGGAGCCAUUGGGGGCAGCAAACCCCGAGUUACCACCCCCACCGUGGUGAAACACAUCCGGACCUACAAGCAAAGGGACCCUGGCAUCUUUGCCUGGGAAAUCCGGGACCGCCUGCUGGCUGACGGCGUGUGCGACAAGUACAACGUGCCCUCGGUGAGCUCCAUCAGCCGCAUCCUGCGCAACAAGAUCGGCAACUUGGCUCAACAGGGUCAUUACGACUCCUACAAGCAGCACCAGCCGGCGCCGCAGCCGGCUCUGCCCUAUAACCACAUCUACUCGUACCCCAGCCCCAUCACGGCGGCCGCAGCUAAGGUGCCCACGCCGCCCGGGGUGCCAGCCAUCCCCGGCUCGGUGGCCAUGCCCCGUACCUGGCCCUCCUCCCAUUCCGUCACCGAUAUCCUGGGCAUUCGCUCCAUCACCGACCAAGGAGUGAGCGACAGCUCCCCCUACCACAGCCCCAAGGUGGAGGAGUGGAGCAGCCUGGGCCGUAACAACUUCGCCGCCGCCGCCCCCCACGCGGUGAACGGGCUGGAGAAGGGAGCUCUGGAGCAGGAAGCCAAGUACGGUCAGGCACCAAAUGGUCUACCAGCUGUAAGCAGUUUUGUGUCAGCGUCCAGCAUGGCUCCUUAUCCGACCCCGGCCCAAGUGUCGCCUUACAUGACCUACAGCGCCGCUCCUUCCGGUUAUGUGGCUGGACAUGGGUGGCAACAUGCCAGCGGCACCCCACUUUCCCCCCACAACUGUGACAUUCCCGCAUCGCUGGCGUUCAAGGGAAUGCAGGCAGCCAGAGAAGGUAGUCACUCUGUCACGGCUUCUGCACUCUGAUGGGAAAUUCUGUCCGCGGCAGCUUCACCCGGGUCUCCCCUCAGCACACCCUCCCCCUCUCCCCU